AUGGCGAUGAAGCGCAAGGAAUCAAGUUCUGGCCCUCUGAAGAAGACGGACCGCAUCACACGGUCUCAAACCCUUCAUGAGCGAAUCACCCCGCGCAAUCAGCUAGAAUCGCUCCUCCUUCUGAUGCCACCGGAGAUAAGGAACAUGAUUUAUACCUACGCCUUCAAAGACCUGGCAGCGCUUUUACCAUUUGCACAUGGCAUAUUCGACAUUGGAUGGGAAAGACCCUCGAAGGGUCAUAUGAUUGGAUUGCUUGGAGAACUAAGCGCAAAGCAACUUGGCGCAAUUCGACACAUCUCAGUCCUCUACGGAUCAAAGGUCGGAAAGAGAAUGAAAAGAACUCUCCAGGUGCUAGCAGUCGUCCCUCGUCUUCGCUGCAUACAACUACGCCACCCACGCACCAUCACCACCAUACUGCUUGGCGAUAAUCUCAUCAAAAUUUACCUGCAGGCCGCCAAGAUGGGCGUUAAGGAUGUCGUUCAGUACACUAAAGAGAUCAAAGAGAGUUGGAUAAAGAGUCAGCUCAAGGAUUACAGACUGGGUACGAAGUUCAUCUUUGAAGUGAAGCGAAUCUCCAUCUCGGGACCGAUGCUCGCCAGCCAUGGUAGCUUCCGAAACAGCGCCCGAGUGCCCCGGAGGACUGUUGCAACCUUCAUACGUAAAGCAAGGUAG